AUGUCCGACCUUCCCUCCAUAUCCUCUCUGCCGUCGCUAUCCGCCGAGCAGAGAGCAAGUGUCCUUGACCUUCUCUUCGAGCCCAGCGUCCCUCUGCACACACUUUCCGUAGAGCUGCUGCGUAAUCAGACAUUCGCAUCGUACAAUGACCUUAUCGCAGCUGUCGGUGUACAGCUGACCGAGCUUUCCGAGUCAUCUUCCGCCAGUGAUACCAAAUGGCUCGAGAGUAUCUUGGGAUCUCAUCCUAGACUCGGUGCAAAGAAGGUCGAAAGUGCACAGAGCCAGGCAGAGCAAGCACAACUCAACACUGGCAGCGAAGAAGAAGCCCACAAGCUACGCGACCUCAACGAAGAGUACGAAAAGACAUAUCCUGGACUGAGAUAUGUUGUCUUUGUCAGUGGUCGCAGCAGACCGGUCAUUAUGGAAGACAUGAAGCGUAGAAUCGCUGCUGGAGAUAUUGACGCGGAGCGAGCAGCCGCAAUCAAGGCAUGA